CAGCUGCGCCUGGUACGAUCACGUACCGCAGUACACAAGAAGUACCUGGAGAACUCUUAGAAUAUGUAGACGCCUCCACGAUAUAAAGGACAAGGCUCGAGAUCGUUUCCUAGGGGCCCAUGUUAAAUGUGUUCAACUUGACGAUUUCAGUAACGAGGAUGAGUUGUAUACUAUGCUCCGGAGAUUACUAGACUUGGGCUGCGAUCAAAUAACGGGUUUAGAAUUGAUCAAAUGCAAAACAGAAGACCAAGACGUAUUCAUAGGUCUACUACGACAAAUGGGACAGACGUUAACACAUUUGAACAUGAAAUAUCAUGCUUCAAAUGUUGCGUUGCGUCAAAUCAUACUAUCAGUAUGCCCGCAACUCACCCAUUUGGUUUACAUAAUUAACCAGGACCUACGGGUUCACCGUAAGACGUACAAUCAAGAGCCAAUAUCGACUAUGACGCCACUGACGAUGAACGAUGGUCGAGAAUACAGCAGUAACAACAACAUCGUUUAUUUACAUUUCGACGCCCCGAUGCACAAAGAAGACCGUCUUCAGCCCAUUUUACAAAAGUGCCCCGAGCUCCGAUACUUCAUCGCCACAUCGUUGGACACAUACAACCUAAACUCAAAACACCGUUUCGAUAACAGCGACAGUUUUGUGUAUCAGUACGAGCUAGCAUCAUGGUGCCCAAAUCUCAUAGGUUUCAAGAGUAACGGCAGCUAUAACCAACAAAUUAGCGAAGAAACCAUCACCCGAAUGACAAUCAGUAAAAAUAACUAUGAUACUCGCGAUCAUGGAGAGGGAUUGAAGCACCUUUCUCUAUGCGAAGAUUUUGGCUAUGAUCAAAUUGCUCCUUUUCUGAUCACAAACCAGCACAUGCUUCAACACUUGGAGAUUAUUGGCUCAGAAUAUUACGGCUACCAUGGGUUCGGUUGGGCAUCUCUUGUUCAAUCUCUACAUCUGACUCAGUUAUGCACGUUAAUCUGUGAUGGUAUUGACCUCGAUUCUUCUACAAUGAUUACAUUACUCAAUCACGCGCCCACACUUGAUACGUUGAAAAUAAAACGUAUUCCGCUCACGCUCGAUCGGUCGAAUAUUAGAUCCAUCGAUAUGAUGCAGCAGUUACACAGCCUACAUUUGCAUGGUAUCACGUUUUCUGACGAACAUGUCGCCAUCACGAUGCUUGAACGGUUUCCUGCACUAGAAAGACUUGUCAUCAAAAAAUCAACGUUAUCGCUAAAGGAACUGGGCGAAUCUUCAUGGUACCUGAUGAAACAGAAGAAGCAUCUUGAACUUUGCAAUAUUGAUUGGCACGUUCAAGAAAAUGAAGGAGAAGAACAGCAGCAGCAGCAACCUACAGUGAUACUGCGACCUGAAAUUUUCAGAGGCCUAGCCUUACAUGGAUCAAAUCUUGAGUUUGUACGAAUAGUCAAUGUCCCGAACAUUACAUUCGAGCACCUUAAUGCAAUUGCCAGUAUAUCAACGAUCAAGUAUCUGGAUGUGCAGCUCGAAGAAACCUUGGGCGACGAGAAUGAAACAGACAUACUUGACAUUGUCACAAAGCUCAAAAAGACAGCAAUCGAGUAUUUAUCCCUGCGUCGAAUCUGCUACCUCCCUUCCUAUGGUGUGCUCCAAGCCCUAGGCGAAUUGCUGGUCCUGAACGAACUUCAUAUAGAGGCGCCCAGAAUAGAUCUCCCAGCGCCCAACGACCAACGAGACGUUGACAUCUCCAGUAUAUUACCAUUGCUUUGUAGCACAAGUUUGAAAAAGAUAACUUUUGAAAAUGCGAUCGGACGACCUCCUACAAAUCCUCGGGCUGUUAUCGACGACCUGAUUUCGGUGCACAGCCUUCCGUGGGAUAGUCAGCCAUGCGUCAUAAGCUUCGACUAUAGCUUAUAUGUUGCAGAUAUAACACUGGUACGCCACUGCUAGUUCACUACUACCGGUUUCUCUUGUUUUACUACCUUCACAUUACGGCUCUCACCUGAUCCAAUCUGUUGUGCUCUAUACUAUUUCUAUUUUGUAUAUCCUCAUAUUCUACAGCAACAUAUCCCGAGGACGUUAGUAUAUACCGUCUUUUUAUGUAAAC